UCUUUCUUCACCCUCCUCUGCAACUUCAAACUUCAAACUUCAACUUCAUCACCAUGCUCUGUUUUCUCUGUUUCUCUCUCUUCUUCUUCUUCUUCCUCCUUCGUUCUCUCUCCAAAUCCUCCGCUGCCCCUCGCCGGAAACUCCCCCUGCCCCCCGGCUCAAUGGGCUGGCCCUACAUGGGAGAAACCUUCCAGCUCUACUCUCAAGACCCCAAUGUCUUCUUUGCCUCUAAAAAGAAGAGAUAUGGGCCAAUUUUCAAGUCCCACAUAUUGGGGUAUCCUUGUGUGAUGGUUUCGAGCCCUGAGGCUGCCAAGUUUGUGCUUGUCACUAAAGCUCAUCUCUUUAAGCCUACAUUCCCGGCCAGUAAAGAGAGGAUGCUCGGCAAAAAUGCCAUCUUUUUUCAUCAAGGAGAUUACCAUGCCAAAUUGAGGCGGCUCGUGCUUCGAACUUUCAUGCCUGAGAAGAUCCGAAACAUCGUCCCGUCGAUCGAAUCCAUUGCCAAGAACACCGUUCAAUCUUGGGAAGGCCAAUCCAUCAACACCUUCCAAGAAAUGAAGAUGUUCGCAUUCGAGGUUUCGUUGCUUUCGAUAUUCGGAAAAGACGAAGCUCUCUACUUUGAGGACCUGAAGCGAUGCUACUACAUUCUCGAGAAAGGCUACAAUUCGAUGCCGAUAAACCUGCCCGGAACACUCUUCCACAAGGCCAUGAAAGCCAGGAAAGAGCUAGCAAAUAUCCUCACCAAGAUCCUCUCAACCAGGAGAGAAAUGAAGCGCGACCACAACGACCUCCUCGGAUCGUUCAUGGGCGAAAAGGAAGGCCUCACCGACGAGCAGAUCGCCGAUAACGUCAUCGGUCUCAUCUUCGCCGCCCGGGACACGACCGCGAGUGUUCUAACAUGGAUCUUGAAGUAUCUAGGAGAAAACCCAAGUGUUCUUCAAGCUGUCACUGCUGAACAAGAAGCAAUAAUGAAAGCAAAACAGAGUGGAGAUGAUAAUCUCACCUGGGGUGACACCAAAAACAUGCCAGUCACUUCAAGGGUCAUUCAAGAAACUCUAAGAGUGGCCUCUGUUCUAUCAUUUACCUUCAGAGAAGCAGUGGAAGAUGUUGAAUUUGAUGGAUAUUUGAUUCCAAAAGGAUGGAAAGUUUUGCCUCUCUUCAGAAACAUUCAUCACAGCCCAGAAAUUUUCCCCCACCCUGAAAAGUUUGACCCUUCAAGAUUUGAGGUUGCUCAAAAGCCCAAUACCUACAUGCCAUUUGGCAAUGGGACCCACUCCUGCCCAGGAAAUGAAUUGGCCAAGCUGGAGAUGCUGGUUCUACUCCAUCAUUUAACCACAAAGUACAGGUGGAGUGUAGUGGGAGCACAAGAAGGGAUUCAAUACGGCCCUUUUGCCCUUCCCCACAAUGGACUGCCCAUUAGAAUCUCUCUAAAGAAGUAGAGAGAGAGAGAAAGAAGAUUGUUCCAAAAAUUUGAGUCCCAAAAUUCAGAUAGCAGUUUCUAAAUGUAGAAACAGUUUGCCUUGGAAAAUUGCUCUUCUCUCUCUCUGCGAUCCAAAAAUAAAGAAAUAGUUAACAUAUUCAAGAUAACGUAUUUACGAAAUACCCUCUCGGUGGAGUCAGAAUCAGACCAAAUGCUGGGUCAUGGAUCAGAAGAGAGAGAGGGGGGAGGAGAGAGAAACCCACCUUGUUUUUUGGGGAAGGGGACAGUUUAUGACUCACAAGAGAGUCAUUAUUAGUUAUAAGUAUAGAGAUGGAUAUAGUUUUAAAUGGCAAAGCCAGAAGAAGAAGAAGAAAACAAAGCCUUAUUCAAUCUGACCAACAACAAUAUCUGCAAGGCACCAAAAAUCAACGGUCCUCAUUUUUUUGCCCUUUUUAUUCUUUUUUAUUUUACAAUUUUCAUGAGAUGAAAAGAGGAAAAGUCCUCAAGGAAUGAUUGAUGUAUUUACAUUUACAUACCAAUAUUUUUUUUUCCCUUUUUCUUUUUGUUGUAACCAAAAAUUGCCGCAAGGCCAAUAAAUCUAAAUAAACGUUCUUCUCGAGUUAUUUGGAUGA